UACCACGCAGAGACGAUCGCCAACGUGAGGAAGGCUGUGGAAGGUUUCUCCGAGCCCAGACCCAUCGCCAUCGCUCUCGACACGAAGGGGCCGGAGAUCCGCACUGGUCUCAUUGAUGGGGUUGCUUAUCCACAGAAAGCCACCCUAGUGACAGGUGAGCAGAUCAAGAUCACGACAGACGACAGCUUCCAGGACAAGUGUAACAAGAACUUGCUGUGGGUGGACUACAAGAACAUCACCAAGGUCGUCACGCCCGGCAGUCGCAUCUUCAUCGACGACGGACUCAUCUCCGUCAUUGUUCGCGAGAAAGGUGAAGAUUUCGUGAUGUGUGACAUAGAGAACGGAGGUGUACUGGGCAGCAAGAAGGGAUGUAAUCUGCCCGGCACCGCUGUGUGUGUGUGUCUGUCUGUCUGUCUGUCUGUGUGUACUGACAGUGUGUAUCUCUCCCCCAGGUGAAGAUUUCGUGAUGUG